AUGAUCACCCCCGAGCACCGUAGUUUCCUCAGAUUCUCCCACGAGGGUAUCCACUACCAAUACAGGGCCCUUCCCUUUGGGUUAGCGUCGGCCCCCAGAACCUUCACCAAGGAGCGUAGAAACAGCAUUGUUCAGCUGGUUCAGGAGAUUCGCAAGACUCGCUCUGUUUCCAUAGCUCUUCACUCCAGGCUUCUUGGGAAACUCAUCUUCUGCAUCGGGAUCGUGCCCUGGGCUUGUCUCUACGCCAGAGAGCUGCAGUGUUCCUACCUCCACACCAGAGGGACGGGACGAAUGAUGCGAGCUUCAAGAUCCCUACCUGGUGAACAUGUUGAAGUUACCCCACUGGAGAAUCCCACAGGGGGAGGUGGUUCUGUGCCAGGGGACUCUGGAACACCCAGAUCCAGAGUGGCUCCAUCUGACCACCUGGCGCUUGAGCGGGAGCAACUAAGGGAAGCCCACUUCUCCACCAGGGUCAUCAGGAUCAUUGAGGCUUCCAGAAGGGGUUCCACCAUUCGUAUCUACAACAUGUCCUGGGCCGCCUUUGCGACCUGGUGCUGGGCUGCGGGGAUAGACCUGACUCUGGCCUCCGUGCCCCAGAGUGUAAUGAACAAGCUGCACACCGUCAGCGUGCCCUAUGCAGUGAUGAAAACCUGCCCGCUUUCUUGGGCACAGAGGGUUCACACUCACAAAGCUAAAGUAGCUUUGGUGAAAUGUCGAGAUUUGCACUGGGCCAUGAUGGCUCACCGAGACCAAAGAGAUGUCAGCUUAAAUUCCCUACGGAUGCUGAUUGUAACUGAUGGUGCUAAUCCCUGGUCUGUGUCUUCGUGUGAUGCUUUCCUGAGUCUCUUCCAGAACUACGGGCUUAAACCAGAGGCAAUAUGUCCCUGUGCUACAUCUCCUGAAGCAAUGACAGUGGCUAUCCGGAGACCUGGUGUUCCUGGGGCACCUUUGCCUGGAAGAGCUAUCUUAUCAAUGAAUGGUCUGAGCUAUGGCGUCAUUCGUGUAAAUACAGAAGAUAAGAAUUCUGCUCUCACCAUACAGGAUGUUGGUCAUGUUAUGCCAGGUGGAAUGAUGUGUAUCGUGAAGCCGGAUGGCUCCCCUCAGCUUUGCAAGACAGAUGAGAUUGGGGAAAUCUGUGUUAGCGCCAGAACAGGAGGGAUGAUGUAUUACGGGCUCAGUGGAGUAACGAAGAACACAUUUGAGUUUUGGUUUUCUGCAUAUCUCCCAGACACUAUUUGGGAUAAAGCUGAUCACCCUGUAAGGCAAACAGAGCCCAUCCAUACAACCUCUCUUCUGUUUCUUUUUAGGAUUGCUGUGUUCUCUGUCACUGUGUUUUAUGAUGAAAGGAUUGUGGUGGUAGCUGAACAACGGCCUGAUGCUUCUGAAGAAGAUAGUUUUCAGUGGAUGAGUCGUGUACUGCAGUUCUUUUUCUUUUUGCAGCAUCAGUUUCUGUCUGAGGUGCUUCAGUGGCGAGCACAGGCGACUCCUGAGCACAUGCUUUUCCUCUUGCUGAAUGCCAAGGGGGCCCCUGUCUGUACAGCAACUUGCCUACAGCUGCAUAAGCGAGCGGAGCGAAUUGCAUCAAUUCUGUAUGAAAAGGGACACCUCAAUGCUGGGGAUAAUGUGGUGCUGCUCUAUCCUCCUGGCAUUGAACUCAUUGCAGCGUUUUAUGGCUGCCUGUAUGCUGGCUGUAUCCCAGUAACUGUCCGGCCUCCACAUGCUCAGAACCUCACUGCCACUUUGCCCACAGUCCGGAUGAUAGUAGAUGUGAAUGUCCCAUGCAUCAGUCAGUGCCCUCUGUAGAGCCAUAAAGCUCCAGUGUGAGCUGUACUCCACACGGCAAAUUGCCAUCUGUCUUGAUCCCUAUUGUGGCCUCGGCUUUGCACUUUGGUGUCUUUGUAGCGUGUAUUCUGGUCAUCAGUCCAUUUUAAUUCCUCCUAUGGAGUUAGAAUCAAAUCUUUUCCUGUGGCUCUCAACUGUAAGCCAGUAUAAAAUACGGGAUACUUUCUGUUCCUAUUCUGUCAUGGAUAUGUGUACCAAGGGGCUUGGGAAUCAGGUGGAAGUAUUAAAGUGCUCCUUAGAACGCCAUGAUGCAUUGUAUGUUGUCGGGGCACUGGAUGAAACUCUGGAAUUACGUGGAUUGCGUUAUCAUCCAAUUGAUAUAGAAACUUCAAUUUCUCGGAUGCACAGGAGCAUUGCAGAAUGUGCUGUAUUCACAUGGACCAAUUUACUUGUAGUGGUUGUGGAAUUGUGUGGCUGUGAGCAAGAAGCUCUUGAUUUAGUCCCUCUGGUUACCAAUGUGGUCCUGGAAGAACAUUAUCUGAUUGUAGGAGUCGUGGUGGUAGUUGAUCCUGGGGUGAUACCCAUCAAUUCCAGAGGAGAGAAGCAGCGGAUGCAUCUCCGUGACAGUUUCUUGGCUGAUCAACUGGAUCCCAUAUAUGUAGCAUACAACAUGUAAUUUUGCAAGUGUGGGUCUGAAACUAUCCUACAAACUGAGCAAGAACCAGGAAUGACUGUGGAAACAAAAGAAGCUGACAGAAGAAUUAGCAAUGAUAGUUGUGAACCUGGACAAUGCUGUUUGACUCCUUUUCUCUCCAUCUUACUGGACUGACAGCAAGCUGGACUGAUCAAAAGACAAAAGAUGGCAACCAGGGAACUACAUUUGUAUUGUAAGAUGAUAGCUUUACAGGCAAUGAAAAAUAGGCCCUCGUGAAAAACAAACACCAAUUAUUAGGGCCUUUAUUGUAGUGUUAACAUUUUCAAUUACUGUAUAUAUUUGUACUUUUUCUAACACUGAUUUAGAAUUCUAUGAGGGAUGAUUUAUUUAGUUAAAAUACAAAUCUGUAAGAACCUGGUUAUGUAAGUCCUAUGUAUACCGUCUGUAAACAGUGUACUUUAAAACUAUUAGCUUAAUCCUGUAGUACUGUGUUGAAAGGGAUCACGUUUACUUAAAAUUGUGCCAUGACCACACUCAAUAUUCAACAGAAGAUUCACUUAUUCAUAUAGCUUAUCUCAUGAACUUAAAAAGAAUUUGCCUCUAUUUAAAAUAAUAUGUAAAUAUUAGUAUGCAUAAUUCAUUUAUUUAGAAAACUGAUUCAAAUAAUUAAGAAUUUAACAAAGUCCUUAAAUAAAUUAUGGUUAGGCAAUUAAAGUGAGGAAUGCAAUUAGACUAUUAGGUUUCUCUUAUUUUGUUGCUGGUCAGGUAUGAUGGCAUAGCAUGUAGAAACGUUUUCAAUGCAAAUGUUUAUAAAGAGGCUGACUCUUAUCAGCGUUACAAGCAUUUUAAAAAGCAAGAAGCAAUUCUGUGAUUUUGGAAUGUUGAAUAGAAUUUGUAUAGCCUACUAAAAUGUUUUUUAUAAGCAAACACGUGUUAACCAGAACCACUCCAUUUAUGAUCUUAGACAUAUUUUGUUUGAUUGGUGCACAGUAACAAUUCAUUUGAAAGAAAAUUCCUACCAUUACUUUGAUGUGCUAUUUUCUGGGUGGGAUUCAUUACUGUACUGCAAAUCAUAGGCUUUUGCAGGAUGUCUUUGAAUCAGAAACAGCCUAUUAAUUCUUUUGAAAGAUUGGCAAGUUGUGAUUAUCCCAUUCAAAAUAGCUGAUCAGUUUCAGCCUUCAAAGAAUUGAUGACAAUAGAUGCCUUAAAAUGUGCUGGAAUAGCCAUUGUUUGAAAAUGGUCUGCAACCCCAUCUCCAAUAAGCUGGUAGGAAAAACAAUAUUUCUAUUUAAACCAUUUUUUUUCUGAUUACACUUUAGAAUCUUCUUGUUUCUCCUUAAGAAGUUUGUUGAAAUAACACAGAAAGCAGAUACUAGAAAUGGUGACAAACUUCCUUGGGCCAUUUGUGGCCUAUUGUGUAAAUACUUAGAAUAUUUUAAUAAUGUCUGUUUACCCUCCCUGUAACAAAGUUAGUGUUUUUAGACAUUUUUAAGAGAGAUAUAAAUAUAAACCUGGAUUAAAUCAUCAGCUACAGCAGCUAUAUUAAGUGUAGCUCUGGCAACUUAUUCCUUAAGACAAAUUCCAAAUGUAUACUUGAAAACCUUUCUGUACAAACUUUCAAAAGCUUGUUUUUUUAAUGGCUUGACGUAUAGAUAUUUAGACAGAAAACUUUUAAAUAUAUUAACAAAAUAUUCACAAUUACCUUCUUAUACAUAUGUUGUUCAAUAUAUCUUGAAGAAUUAUGGUGAAAGCAGUACAGGGUGGAGGGAGGUUCAUUACUUCAAAUCGUUGAAAUAUUAACUAAUGGUUCUUAAUGAAUACGAUUUGAAUAUUUUGCAUUAUCAGUAUUUCCACAGUGUGGUGCUGCUAUGUAAUUAAAAUGCACUCCAUGCUGAAGUUGUUUUUAACUUGUAGUUUGCAAUAGUUUGGAAAAUGAACACAGAUAAAGCAGUUGCUGGCACUCCACAUGGGAACAGAAGGCCUUCAGCAAAUAAAUGUUCUGUGUACUCCAGCCUUUAUUUAUUCACUCCAAUGUGGCUCUUAAGAGGUCUCAAGUUUUAUAAAAAUACACUUUUAAUGUCCUACUGAAUGAAAACAGAGCAUAGUUCUCUACCCAAGGUUGUAGCAGUAUUUUCUACACUUAUGUUUAGAUUCUUAUUACAUGUAAUAUGGUAGAUUUACUGUGUGCAGUCUAGGAAAACGUUGGAAAAUAUUACAGAUCUUCUAAUCUGAAAUACUUCAAGUUUUGUUUUCAACAUUGACUUCAAAUACAUCAUUUUCUCCUUGAUUUAAUUGUUAAAUAUUUUAUUUGUUCCCUGUUAAUGUGAGAUUUUAAUAUACUUUCUCCAAAGAUUUAUAAUUAAUACACCAAGGAUUUCAAUGUUAUUCUUUAGCCCUGAGAUCUCUUCAGUGCCACACAUAUUUGCCUUCCAAUAAUUUAUACACAUGGCUGAGAUACCAAAGGAAUGAUUGUAGAAUCAGUGCUCUCUUUAUGGGGGUUCUGACACUGAUUUGCUCAGUGUGGCUUUGGGUGUGCUAUUCUGUGUUCUCCAUCAGACAUUACAGAUUCCACAUGGAAUACAAUAAGGAUUAGUUCUCAGUAGGUUCUGGAGUUAGCUUGUUCUCCUCCCUCCCCCCCCCCCCUCAUUCCAUGUAAUCAUUGUAUGGUAAUACUUUUUCAUAUAUCCAAAGAAGUUAAAGCCAGCAUUUUCAGCCUUGGCUUUUUGGAUUUACUUAUUAGCUCAGGUAAUACUUAAUUUAAAUACAGUGGCUUGGAUCAAAGUAUUCCUUCUGCAAAUGGAAGGACUGCUGUUUUCAUAAGCCCGAGAUUAAAUUCCAACAACAAUGGAAGUGUGGGAGCUCUGUGAAUACCCUGUAAUUCUCAUAACAUGUUUCUUUCACAUUUUGCUUUUCAGAGGUUUAUGGAGUGUUGACAGUGAUAGAAUUGCCUUCCUAUAUUCUUCUGUCAUGAAUAUCUCAUGAAUGCAGUUUUAUUAACAAAAAACCCUCUGAAUUUACAUCAUUACUAAAUAUAUAUUAAUAUGAAGCAAUUAGAAUACUUAUUCCUGAGAAUGAAUUUACUACCCUGAACACAAAACUACAAAACCAUUUCACAUUUUUUUUCAAAGAUAAGCUUUUUUUUAGUUAAAUAGUUUGCUUUUCAAUUUUUUACUGUGCAGUUUAGCAAUGAUGGGCCAAGCUUAACUGAUGGAGAUAUGAUUGUAAAAACAAUAGAUCAUUGUCUUUAAUUUUUUUUUGCUUUUGUUGAUGUCAAUACGUUUACCAUUUGUCAGAUUCAAAUCACAACUGUGUAAUUAUGUAAAAAGUCUUUUUUAUUUAUUUGAAAUUAGGUUUUAGAUAUACUUUUAAAAAAUUUAACAUCUGGCUGGACAGUGUUCCAUUAAUGCAUUGAUUGUGUCUUUCUUGUCUUGUGUUAAUAAAUAAUGAUGCCUGUC